CUGAACGCGAGGCUCCACCACCGCUGUGCUACUGCCGCAUCUGGACUGUCAAAGCCGCCUCCCUGUGUGCGAACGCGGCAUGCCCCUGUCCAACAGCCCGGCCCAGAGGACGCUUCUUUGGAUUAACUCAACCGAGGGGACGCUAUGUCGGAGGUCCGCAAAUUUACCAAGAGGCUGAGCAAACCGGGGACUGCGGCCGAGGUCAGGCAGAGCGUGUCGGAGGCUGUGAGGAGCACCGUGGAGCUGGUGGAGCAGCCAAAGAUCAUCGAGCCGCUGGACUAUGAGAAUGUGGUGUUCCAGAGGAAAGCCCAGAUCCACAGUGACCCGCACAGGGACCUGCUGCUCUGCCCUGUGGACGAUGUGUCGGAGGUACAGAUUUCCCGUCAGAGGAGGACCGUCGUUCCCUCUGUGCCACAGAACGCUGAACGAGAAGCCAGGAGUCUGUUUGCCAAAGAGUGCAUCAAGAUGUACAACACGGACUGGAAUGUCAUCAACUACAAAUACGAAGCGUACUCGGGAGACUUCCGCAUGCUGCCCACCAAAGGCCUGAAGCCCGACAAGCUGCCGGUCCAAGUAUUUGAGAUGGACGAAGACGCCAAAGAUGAGGACUCGUCAUCGCUGUGCUCGCAGAGAGGAGGCGUCCUCAAGCAGGGCUGGCUGCAGAAAGCCAACAUCAACAGCAGCCUGUCUGUGUCUAUGAGGGUGUUCAAAAGGCGAUACUUCUACCUGUCCCAGCUCCCUGACAGCUCGUACAUCCUCAACUCUUACAAAGACGAGAAGAACUGCAAAGAAACCAAAGGAUCCAUCUACCUGGACUCGUGCAUCGACGUCAUUCAGAGUCCCAAGAUGCGCCGGAACUGCUUUGAGCUGAAGAUGCAGGAGCGCUAUAGUCACUACCUGGCAGCUGACAGCGAGGCGGAGAUGGAGGAGUGGGUGUCCACAUUGAAGCAGGCCCUGAGUAGCGCCGAGGGGACCCCUGACAGGAGGAAUGGGGCCGAACCACUCGACUGUGCCUUGGAUGACGACAGCAGCAGUCAGAGCAAAGGGGAAGGGCUGCUUGAGAACCUGGGGAGGAGCCUGCAUCCGGAGCUCAUGAAGUAUGCCCGUGAGACAGACCAGCUCAAUAAGAUCAACAGGAAUGAGGGCAGACAGAAGCUAUUCUCUCUAGACCCAGAGACACAGAGGCUGGACUUCUCUGGGAUUGAGCCUGAUGUGAAGCCCUUUGAAGAGCGCUUUGGUCGGCGCAUCAUGGUCAGCUGUCACGACCUGACAUUCAGUCUGCAGGGCUGUGUCAGUGACAAGGGGGACGGCAUUCUCACCAAUGUGGAGCCGUUCUUCAUAACCCUGGCUCUGUUUGAUGUGUCCAAAAACUGUAAGAUCUCGGCCGACUUCCAUGUAGACCUGAACCCGUCCGCCGUGAGGGAGAUGCUGAAUGACUCCAGCUCAGGCCAACUCUCCCCUUCCUCCGACUCCUCAGAGGGGGGAGGAGGGGGAGGAGGAGGCGAGGUGGCGGCCAUGUUGUUGAACGGAGACUCUGGUUGCAGGGGAAACAGGUUGCCUGUAGUCCAGAGGGCGGCAGAGGCGGUGCUAAGGUUCCCCACGCAGGGAAUCUUCUCUGUGACUGACCCUCACGCAGACAUCUUCCUGGUGGCACGUGUUGAAAAAGUGUUACAGAAUGGAAUCACUCACUGUGCGGAGCCGUACAUCAAAACAUCUGACAUAACCAAGACUGCUCAGAAGGUGCUCAAGUCAGCCAAGCAGACGUGCCAGCGCUUGGGCCAGUACAGGAUGCCAUUUGCCUGGGCUGCCAAGCAGGUGUUCAAAGAUGGUCAGGGCAGUUUGGAUAUGGAUGGGAAGUUCUCUCCUCUGUAUCGCCAGGACAGCAGCAAGAUCUCCACUGAGGACAUGAUGAAGCUGCUGGCUGACAUCAAAAAACCAGAGAAAAGCAAACUCCAGGCCAUCCCAGGACAACUGAAUGUUACUAUUGAAUGUGUACCUCCGGAUUUCUCAAAUACGGUUACCUCGUCCUACAUCCCAGUCAAGCCAUUUGAGGACAGCUGUGAGCGUGUGUCUGUGGAGGUGGAGGAGUUUCUACCCGAAGAGGCCAAAUACAACUGCCCCUUUACCACCUACAAGAACCAGCUGUACGUGUACCCUCUGCAGCUCAAGUAUGACAACCAGAAGACGUUCACCAAGGCAAGAAACAUAGCAGUGUGUAUCCAGUUCAGAGACUCUGAUGAAGAAGGAGCAACCCCUUUAAAGUGCAUCUAUGGCAAGCCAGGAGACUCACUCUUCACCAGCAGUGCUUACGCAGCUGUUCUGCACCACAAUCAGAGCCCUGAGUUCUACGAUGAGAUCAAAGUUGAACUGCCUGUCCACGUGCAUGAGAAACACCACAUCCUCUUCACUUUCUAUCACAUCAGCUGCGAGUCCAGCAGUAAGACUAGCAGCAAGAAGAGAGAGGGGGUAGAGACACUGGUGGGUUACUCAUGGAUGCCUUUACUCAAAGAUGGAAGGAUGCAGUCUGUGGACAUGCAGUUACCUGUAGCAGCCACUAUACCUCUGGGAUAUCUGUGCCAGGACUCCAAGAAGUCCCAGCCAGACGUCAAAUGGGUGGAAAAUGCCAAACCACUUUUCAAAGUCAGAACUCAUGUAGCAUCCACCAUAUACGCUCAGGACUUGCAUCUCCAUAACUUUUUCCAACACUGCCAACUGAUCAGGAUGACUUCUGAGGGCAGCCCUGCAGAUCUUAUAAAAUACCUGAAGUGCCUGCACGCCAUGGAGACACAUGUGAUGAUCCACUUCCUGCCCACAGUGCUGAUGCAGCUGUUCGAGGUGCUCACCACGGCAACCAAAGAAACCCAGGAGACGGCCGUCAACUCUUUGCGGGUGAUUAUACAUAUAGUGUCCAAAUGCCAUGAAGAAGGGGUGGAACAUUACCUGCGCUCUUUUGUCAAGUACGUCUUUGUAACUAGUCCUUCAUCAGGGAGCUCAUCCAGCACUCAUGAGGUGUUGGCAACUGCUGUCACUGCUGUGCUGAAGCAAACUGCAGACUUCAAUACCAGCAACAAAUUGCUCAAGUAUUCUUGGUUUUUCUUUGAAACAAUGGCUAAGUCAAUGGCUCAGUAUCUACAAGAUGGAAACCGCAUGAAGAUGCCCCGGACUCAGCGGUUCCCGGAGAGCUUCCACCAGGCCCUGCAAUCCCUGAUCCUGUCCAUCAUGCCCCACAUCACCAUCCGACAUUUGGAGAUCCCAGAAGAGGCUCGCGCCGUCAACAUCAGCCUCGCCAACUUCAUCAAGAGGUGCUUGACUUUAAUGAACAGAGGAUUUGGGUUUUCCCUGGUCAAUCAUUACAUGUGUCCCUUCACCUUCAAGGAUCCAAAGGCGCUGUCUGAGAUGAAAUUUGAAUUCCUCAUGACCGUAUGCAAUCACGAGCACUUCAUCCCCCUGAACCUGCCCAUGGCGUUUGGACGCACCAAGCUGCAGAGGGUACAAGAUUUUAUUCCAUAUGCGACGGAGCUUUUUGGGCCUGUAGUAGAGCAGAGUCUGGAGUACAACCUGACGGAGGAGUUCUGCAGAAAUCACUUCCUGGUGGGUUUGUUGCUCAGGGAGGUGGCCGAGGCUCUCCAGCAGGCCCCUGAGGUCCGGCAGCUGGCUGUGAGUGUGCUCAAGAACCUGCUCAUCAAACACGCUAUGGACGACCGCUACACUGCCUUUAAGAACCAACAGGCCAAGAUCUGUCUUCUAUACCUGCCACUGGUGGAGCUUUUGUACCAGAACCUGAAGCAGCUCUCUGCCCAGCCAUACAAUUCCAGCCCUGGACUCAGACUUAACGGCUCCAGAGAUGACCUGAUCUCUACUGGUUCUUCAGAAAGCAGGAGAAUCAGCAGUGCUGUGGACCAGGGUGUGAUGACUCUGAAUGGGCAUGUUAGACGAGAGGACUCCAGAGGAUCACUGUUCAUGGACCCAGGAACUCCAGAUACUGAGCUGCAGAGGCGUGGUUCCACCAUGAGCUGCAGUCCAGCACCUCCUCUGGGCAGGCUGGGCGUGUACGAGAUCAAGGGCCUUCUCCUUUGCUUCCUGCACAUCGCCAAGACCAUAUCAGAAGAUACUUUGACAGCCUACUGGAACAAAGUCAACCCACAAGAUGUUAUGAACUUUCUCAGUCUGCUGGAGGUGUGUAUACUUCAAUUUCGAUAUCUGGGGAAAAGGAAUAUUGGCCGAAGUCAAGAUGUGUGUUUGUCAAAGCUGUUUUCAUUGGAGAGGAAGUCACAGACCAUGCCUGUCAUGAGAUGUAACAGAGCGAGCCUCAUGCAAACCAAGAUCAACCAGUUUAUGGAGGCCUCCCUCACUCUCAAUAUGGGUAGUGGUCUGUCUGAAGCAGAGAUCCACCAUCAGGCUCUGCUAGAGGGGAACAUGUCCACAGAGGUGUGCCUGAGCGUGCUGGACGUGCUCUCUCUAUUCAAUCAGUGUUUCAAGACCCAGCUGCUGGAAAGUGAAGGUCACAACCCCCUGAUGAAGAAGGUGUUUGAUGUCUAUCUGACGUUUCUCCAAAUCAGCCAAUCAGAGACAGCCAUCAGACAUGUGUUCGCCGCCCUCAGAGCAUUCAUCAAUAAGUUUCCGACGGUGCUGUUCAAAGGCCGUGUGACCCUGUGUGAGGCUCUGUGCUGUGAGGUCCUGAAGUGUUGCGUCUCUAAGCUGGCUUUGCUGAGAGCUGAGUCGUCCGCUCUCCUCUACCUGCUCAUGAAGAACAACUACGAGUACACGAAGAGGAAGACCUUCCUCCGCACGCACCUGCAGAUCAUCAUUGCAGUGAGCCAGCUGAUAUCAGAUGUGGCCCUCACCGGCAGUUCACGUUUCCAGGAGUCUUUAUCCAUCAUCAACAACUUUGCAAAUAGUGACAAGGCCAUGAAGUCUACAGCGUUCCCGUCGGAGGUGAAGGGCCUAACCAAACGUAUCCGCACUGUGCUGAUGGCCACGGCUCAGAUGAAGGAGCACGAAAAGGACCCAGAAAUGCUCCUGGACCUGCAGUACAGCCUGGCCCGCUCCUAUGCCAGCACACCCGAGCUCCGGAGGACCUGGUUAGACAGCAUGGCCCGGGCACACCUCAAGAACGGAGACCUGUCUGAGGCUGCUAUGUGCUAUGUCCACAUUGCUGCACUGGUCGCAGAAUACCUGCACAGAAAAAAGCUGUUCCCCAGUGGGCUGGCAGCCUUUAAGAAGAUCACUUUUAAUAUUGACGAGGAGGCAGCUAUGAAGGAAGACACUGGAAUGCAAGACGUCUAUUACUCUGAAGAAGUGUUGGUGGAACAUCUGGAGGUGUGUGUGGAGGCCCUGUGGAAAGCCGAACGUUAUGAACUCAUUACACACAUUGCCAGGCUCGUCAUUCCCAUUUAUGAGAAGCGACAUGACUAUGAGAAACUGAGUCGCCUGUAUGACACACUCCACCGAGCAUACAAUAAGAUCAUGGAGGUGAUCCAGUCCGGGCGCAGGCUGCUGGGGACCUACUUCAGAGUGGCCUUCUAUGGACAGGGUUUUUUCGAAGAGGAAGACGGCAAAGAAUACAUUUACAAAGAGCCAAAGUUGACAGGUUUGUCCGAGAUCUCCCAGAGGCUUCUUAUGCUGUACGGCGAGAAGUUUGGGCCUGAAAACGUCAAGAUCAUUCAGGACUCAAAUAAGGUCAACACCAAAGAGCUGGACCCCAAGUGCGCGUACGUGCAGGUGACAUUUGUGAAGCCGUAUUUUGAUGAGAAGGAGGCCCCAGAGAAGAAGACGGAUUUUGAAAAAUGUCACAAUAUUAAUCGCUUUGUAUUCGAGACUCCAUAUACUCUGUCGGGCAAGAAGCAUGGAGGGGUGGAGGAGCAGUGCAAGAAGAGGAUAGUACUCACAACUGGCAGUACCUUCCCAUACGUGAAAAAGCGUGUGGAGGUGGUCGGGGAGAGGCAGAUGGACCUUAAACCAGUAGACGUGGCCAUAGACGAGAUGAAGGCCCGCACCGCGGAACUGACCAAACUCUGCUCCAGUCAGGAAGUAGACAUGAUCCAACUCCAGCUCAAACUGCAGGGUUGCGUGUCAGUCCAGGUUAACGCAGGUCCCAUGGCGUACGCUAGAGCCUUCCUGGAUGACAGUAAAUCCAGUCAUUCCGGCAACAAGAAGGUCAAAGAGCUCAAGGAUAUUUUUAGGCGCUUUGUGGAGGCCUGCAGUGUGGCUCUAGAUAUAAAUGAACGUCUGAUUAAAGAGGACCAGUUUGAGUACCACGAGGGCCUCAAGUCUAACUUUAAAGAGAUGGUCAAAGAGCUGUCAGAAAUCAUCCAUGAACAGAUCUACCAAGAGGAUAUGCUCCGCUCGCUGCUCCACAACUCCCUCCAAGUGUUCCGGGUCAUUAGUGGCACAAAUCUGGGCUGAUGUCUGAUACGGUCUCAUCUACAUCCACAGUGUUGUUCUUCAAUUACAGUGUAAAAGAAUGUACCCCAGCUCCACCUCUGUGCAUGAAGGUGUGACUCAGGGUGACACUGCACUUUUUCUGCCUUUAUUGACAAUGAACAUAAUAACUCUCGUGGUAAAUCAUGUAGGAUCUAUGCAACAUACCUCUCGCUGGAUUUCAAACUAUCAUUUGCAACCAGCGUCUUAACAAAGCUACUUAUUGUGUUAUUUGGCUAAGUUCUGCAAGAUCCUGGCUGUCCAUGAUUAUUGCUAAAUGAAAUGCAUUAAAAUCUCAUGAAGAAAUGCGAACAGAAAUAAGUUUAGGAGCCUAUGGUUUUGCAAAUCUCCGUUACAUUUAUUAGAUACACAACCUACAAGCCUAAAAUGUUUACAAUUGUUCACUCUAUUUUCAUUCAGUAUUAGACAAACAAAACUCCCUUUCCUCACAGGUCAGUCUAGUAAACUAUGGAGUCCUGGCUGGCCAGGCAACUAAUAUUAUAUUUGAUGAAUACAUUAGACUAUAGGUUUCAGAAAUGAACACAGUAGAAAUAAAAAAAAAAUAAAAUAAAAAAAAAACAUGAUAGUGGGAUACUAUAAGAAUUGUUAUUGGUAUUUUGCUAAACUAUCAAUGAAAAGCCAAAACAUAUAUGAAAUGGUAAGUUUUCAUGUAUUUUAUGUCGAAGAGAAGAGAAUUGUCUAUUUACAAAGAUGGCUUUAUAUCUUCAUAAUGUCAUUCUCAGUAUGAUUUCAGUAGCAAAGUGACCCUUCCUGCAUUAUAUUUUCUAGAAUCAGUUUAGUUUCUCUUUAGUUUAGAUCCUAUUCUAAACCACACCAAGCGAUUUGUGAGAUUUUAAUGCAUUCAUCCCAUAUCCAUCUUGCAAGAAUUCCUAGUCAUGUGUUUCAACUGUUUGUAUUGUAAUGCUUUUUGGUUCAUUGAAUGAGUGUAGCUACUUUCCUAUCCCCACGUUUGGCAAUGUCUGUGUUAUCAUGUCAUUAUAAGUGAACUCUUUUGGCAAAUAUGUGAGAGAAGACAAUGCAAUAGCAGUAAGGAUUACCAUUUUCCGUUUGUGAUGUUAUAAUAAGCAAUUGCAGCUGUGCGGACAAUAAUUUUUAAUUAAGAGUGUAGGUGAAGAUUUCCUCUCAUCUGUGCCUUUUGAGCUCUGCCUUCCAAGUAAUGCUGGUUAUUCCCAAAACCUCCCAAGUGCUACACUGAAACUAGAUGAUAGAUUUAUAAUUAACUGUACAUAACUGUGCUGUACAUGUGUGUCCAUGUAUGUUUGUAUGUAUUGUAUGUAGUAUUUAAAUGUAGUAUUUAAAUUUGUAUUUAAAUACUACGAAGAGUGUAGUAUGUAAGUACUAAGAGUAUUUAAAUUUGUAUUUAAAUACUACUAUUACUACUACUAAAUGGUAGUAUUUACUACGAAAUACUUAAAUACUGCUAAUACUCUUGACUCUUCCGUGCACAUUAGUUGCAGCAGAGAUUCCCCCUUUACUUGCAUUUCACGUCAAGGUGCAGCUGCUCUUCCAGCUUAAUUUUUAAAGCCCGUUUUCAAUAAAAUAUGGAAAAUCUAA